AUGCUGUUCCGAUCCUCCGACGAGCCACCCCCCCCCCCUGUCUCUUCAGCAGCACCCACGAGCAGUGCCGCACCAGUGACCACUACGGUCAGCAAUGGAGACACCAUCGUUGUGCCCGUUGGCGUUGUCGUCGUUGGAGGACCCGGUGGUGGCUUCUUUACCAUUGCCGGUGCCGCUGCUGGGGCCGCCCCGGUGGCUGUGGCGGCCGGCGCAUCAGUCACCGCCGGCUCUUCGUCCGGUGACAAACCUGACGAUCCGGACGAUCCGAACAAGCCGCCCAGCUCUGCACCCGAGGCGCCAUCUUCCGCACCACCUUCGUCUGCACCGCCUCCAUCUUCGAACUCAGUGGCACCUACGAGUACGGAAGCCCCAACGAGUACCUCGAGUGCCGUGCCGAGCGAAACGCCAGCACCGCAUGUUAUCUACCCCAAAACCAGCGCCACAGAUCAAGAAAAGAAAGACUUCCUCGCGCUGAUUGACAAGGACCUUGGUCAAGGUAAUUACAGAGUAACAGAGGGUACAAAGGUUUUGCUCGUCGCCGCCAAUAUCACCACUACGCAACGUGACAACCUAAUCAAAAAUCCCUUGGUCGGCGCAGUCGAUCCUGAUGAGCCGGAUCGCAACAACCAGGGCACAUCAGUGCUGAUCAAUGAAAGAGACCAUGAUGAUGAGGUCCACGAGAAGUGGUGGAUGGAAUCCCUUGACAAGCUCGGCAGGAUUCGAAAGCGGGCCGUCGUUAAGCAGGCCACUGCCCCAACAGAACUCGUCAUUCUUUCCCAGCCGCCGGGGGUAGACCUCAAAACUCUCAACACCUACGCAUACGAUGAUAGUGCCGGAAUCGAGAUUACUGUCUACAUUCUUGACAGUGGAUACUACGCUAAAAACGCUGAAUACACUGGUAUGGCUGUGAAACCCCGUUGGAUAUUCGGAGGCUCCCAGGAAAAAGCAUCCGUUGAAGAGGACCUUGAUCCUGAUGGGCACGGUACCUGUGCCGGAUCUAAGAUUAACGGUCCCAAGUUUGGAGUCGCAAAGAACGUCAACUUGGUCGUCGUCAAGGCCGGAAUCAAGGGCUCCGAUACCGAUGACGCUCUUGAUAAGAUUGUGGAUGAUGUCAGGGAGAGGAAGCUGCAGGGUAAAGCCAUUGUCAACAUCUCGCGCUGUCCUGCACCCACUGUGGCCGGUCUUGCAGCGUACCUUCUUGCGGUAGGAGAAUACCCCCAGCUGUUCGAGGUUGGAAAGGUAGCCGCCAACAUGCAAAAGCUCCUCAUGGAUAUGGCCUACCAGCGAGCUCCCGACGGAGGACCGGUUAUUUUCAAUGGUCAGGGUGCCGUCUGUGGCCGCCCUGGGCGAAGCGCCAAGUUCAAAAGACAAGACCUGAGCGGCGAGGCCUGCUCGGUAGUCUCGUCAACAACGACGAUACCCUCUGCAACUCCUAGUCCUCCUCCAGCCACAACCAGCAAUCCACCUGCGGCGACAACCGCGCCGCCGCCGCCGCCACCCCCUCCACCUGCGCCCAAAGAGCUCUUCUCACUGAGCGAGCAAGUUAGCGCUGGUACUUCAGCGUGUUUUCCCACGAACGCCUUUAGUGCAACAGCUGGAACGACGUACGGCUUUUCAUUCGAUGUCAGCCCAGAAAUGAUUGUGAGCAUCGAGACAGGGUCAACAGACGAGGGAUAUCACCAAUCCAAGGGACCAUGGACAGGCACCUUCCUCGCCCAGUCAACUUCUUCGGUCAAGAUCUGCGGAUCUGGCGGGUCAGGCACUUUAGCCUUCAAGAUCACUGAGGAGCCCUCCGAGGCCGUCAAAGCACCAGCCGGCAAGGAGGUAUUCAAGUUGGACGAGAAGGUUGCGAGUGGAACGACGUCUUGUUUCCCGACUACUGGUCUGAAUAUCCAAGAGGGAAACUACGGGUUUUCGUACACCACCUCCGAUGGUAUCGAAAUUCAGAUCGGAGACGAUAGUUCUGGGCCAAAAUAUUUCACUGGAAACAGAGCCUCGGGUGCAGGAUUGAUGUACAUCGACUUCUCGGGGGGCAGUGUCUCAAUUUGCGCGACAAACAACGGUGGUUCGGAGGCACCUCUUUCAUUGACUAUGACCCAGUAA